UUGUAAGAUUCUAACAGUCGAGAGCAUCAAAACAUUUUUGUGAAUUUGCCACAUGCAUGUCUUUGGUCAGUUCUUUUACUCUUUUAUUGUACCACUCAUUCUUACGCAUUUGCCAUUUAAACUGAGUAAAUUAAAUAAUCACUUUAAGUCCCUUAUUUUCUGGUUAAUUUAACUGUUACAUAACACACCGACACAUCUAUAUAAAUGAUCUGAACAGGCUGAUAUGUUCAUAUGUGAUUACUCUUUUUACUUCAUGGCCAGUCAGAUGAGAAAUCUGUCUUUAUGCUUUUAACACAGCAGAGUAACCAGGGAGUCCCUGAGCAAUUGGGUUGUGUGUGUAUGUGCGUGUGCAUGUCUGAGUGCUGUCCAUGUGUACAAGUAUAAGCUUAUUAGCAGCACCACUGGUCAGAGGAAGCGAUUGAGGUUAGUCUAAGCCUUAAUCCUCAUGGACCAUAUGCUUAUUACCUAGCUGCAAUGACAAAAUCCUGGCUCCACCCCUUCAAGAAACACACACAUCACUUUAAAACAAGCUUGUUUACUGCUCAGCUCCAUCACAACUCUUGCUCUCUCAUACUCUCCCAGCAGGCAGACAGUGGAAGAGGAGGAGGAGGAGGAGGAGGAGGUGUGCACUGUUGAGGAGUUUCCCAGUCGUCAUGACGACCUCACACCCCGCCAUCUUCAGAUCUAUCUUUCUGUUGCCACGGUGACCUGAUCCUGUUCCAUCUCCACUCCUAGUAAUGAUCCAGUUCGGACGGAUGAAGGAGAGCAACCCUGGAGUGCCGGCUCUUUUCACUGACAACAGCUCUUGGAUGGGACGGGGAAUUACAGACAGCAACGAGAAUCUGAAGCCAAGGAGGUGCAACACACUGGGAAUGCUGUGGCAAUAACGCACAGGAGUGUUGCCUGGAAACAGCAACAUGCCAGUACAACAGAUAACUGUGGUGCCAUCCAGGGACGCAGUCAGCAACGGCAAGAGCGCGCCUAGCUCCAAAGACAAAAACGAGGGAAGGAAGGCUGCUGGUCGCUCAGGAAGUCGAUCCAGCAACAUCUCCAAGGCCAGCAACUCUACGACAGGACUAAAUACAACCUCAAGGGCAUCAGUCACUCCUUCUUCUCAGGACAUAUGCAGCCAGCUGAUGCGUUUAGAGGAGGAUGCCUCUGAAACACACAAACACAGUAAGCACACACGCACCUCUGAGAGGACAGUCACCAGCAAAACCAUGGCUUCAUCGGCUCAUGUCCAGAAGAAACUGGUGAAGCGUUGUCACCGCCGCAAGAGGAGCAGCUGUGCUGCCACAGACUGCGUGGAAACCAUCAGCAAACAGGAGCAGACAGACCGCAGAGACCGUAGCCUUAGUUCUGACCGCAGUGAGAAGGGGGAAAAGAGGGAGCAGUCUUUCAAGAUUCGAAGGGAACUUCCCCCUCGUCUCCGCUGCACAGGUGCCCCACAGUCUGACUCCUCUUCUGAGAAUGAGACGUGGCGUGAAGCUCGCAGCUGGAGUAAAGAGAAAGCCCGAAGGGUGCACCGGUGCAACAGAAACAGUCGGGAGAAGGAUGGGGCAAACAGGAAUAAAGGAAGUGAAGACAAAACAGAGAUCAUGGAGCUACAGUCAGUGGUCUCAGAUGAAGGGACAGAGAAACUGCCUCUGGAGGAGGACAGUGAUGGCUUGAACAGGGGGAUGGAGGAAAGGCCUUUGGUGGAGGACAGCGGAGGCCUUAAGAAGCGGCACAGCAGCCAGAGUUCUAUGAAGAGAGAUGACCACACUUCACAGAAGGAAGUUUCACAAAGCAGAGAUAAGGAGAAGAGCUACAAGUCACAUGACCCAGGAGGCAGUUCAUCACAGGCGGAGUAUGACAAAGAGCUCACCACAAAGAGAUACCAAGAAAAGGGAUUCGGGGGUGGAGACAUGUCAGUGCCCACUCCACAGACUCACUGCAGUAUGAAUGGAGAUGCACCACAGCUCUGCUCUGAGGAUUCUGAGGAGGUCUGCAGGAUCUGCCACUGUGAGGGGGAGGACGAGUUCCCACUGAUUAUGCCUUGUCGCUGCACAGGGAGCCUGAGUUUUGUGCACCAGUCUUGUCUGAACCAGUGGAUCAAAUCCUCAGACACUCGCUGCUGUGAACUCUGCAAGUUUGACUUUGUCAUGGAGACGAAGCUCAAACCUUUAAGCAAGUGGGAAAAACUACACAUGUCGAAGAGUGAGAGGAGAAAGAUCUUCUGUUCAGUGUUGUUUCACCUCAUAGCAAUAGUGUGUAUGUUGUGGUCAAUCUACAUACUGGUCAAGAGAACCACUGAAGAGAUCAGGCUUGGGAAGAACGACGAAAUAUGGAGAGUUACUCUACUGAAGUACUAUUCGGAGCAUGCUGUGCUGGAGUGGCCCUUCUGGACCAAGCUGAUCGUGGUGGGCAUAGGUUCCACAGGCGGCCUCAUCUUCAUGUACAUUCAGUGUAAAGUGUACCUGCAGCUGUGGCGCCGUCUCAAGGCCUUCAACCGCAUCAUCACUGUUCAGAACUGCCCCGAAAAGGACCCACACCAUUCUCAGACCCAGUCCUUCACCAUCUCCAAUGGCAGACGUGAAGCUGCUGAGGUCCCGGUCAGCCCGGUGGUCAGCCCAGCAGUCAGCCCGGUGGUCAGCCCAGCGCCCAUCUUGGCUCCACAGGCACAAACAGACUCAGACAUGUCAGUGGAGGCUGCAGUGGCACCGGUUUAAUCCAGCAAUCCUUCAGAAUCCUGAAUCACAUCACGCUCAAUCACAAUCUGGUGUGACCGAGGUGUGAUUUUGACUCCUGUAGUAUUUUCGGUGAGUUGUUCUUGGCACUUGGGAUUACUGAUCUCAUCACAUGACAUCAUAAGUGAUCCUGUUCCUCAGUGAUCAUGACAAAUUGAAGGGCUGCAGUAAGAUAGCUGUUGAUGUGGGAGAGGAGUUAAAAGGAAAAUCAAGCCAUCAGCAAAAGUGACUUUGUUAUCAAGUAAACACAUGCUUUUCUAUUUCUGUAUGCACUAUCAACAACUGCACUGAUGGUUACAUAUUUAAACAGCCAGUGGAGGCUGUUAAACAAAGGUCUCAGUGUGCUCCGAAACAAACCUGGGAUUGGGAAUUUGUAUGAACACGUCAGCUGCUUUAAAAUUUGCCACCAAAAACACCAUGAACUGUUGAAAUGCACAUAGCAGUGCAAACUUAGACUGUUAUUCAAAGCCUUGGAAAAAUUCAAAUAGUGACACAAGUACUUUUAUCAA